AUACUGUUGUUUCCACUUUAUUGAUUUACCAAAUAACCAAUAGACGACUACAUGGGCGUGGAUUCGCGACAGCGUUUACGGGAAUUGACAAGACGCUUGCUUGGAAGACUCACCGCCGGAGAUUUAGCAACUUCUUCAUUGCACAGGAUUUAAAACCCGUAUCGAUGAUACAUGCUCAAAAACAUCAUCAUAAUAGGAUAAUAUAAGUAGCCUACACUGAUAUUGGGCCGUUCUGGAAGAGAAAGUUAUUUUUUUCAGACAUUUGUGGACGGCAUAAAGUAAUAGACAUAGUGAAUGCCUCGAAACAAGGCAAUGGGCAUGGGCAGGCAGCUGUUGGUAAAGAUGCAGAGGACGAGGAAGGGCAAGUUCACGCCAAUCCCUGUAUUACCACAGGGCCUCGAGGUCCACUUCUACCUGCGAGACUCUCACCAGCUGGAGUUUCUCCGGGGUUGUUACACUGCUGAGGAGCUGUGCAGAGAGGCAGCCAAGAAGUGUGGCAUUUCACCUCUUUGCUUCAAUCUGUUUGCCUUGUAUGACGAGGGCAUGAACAUCUGGUACCCUCCCAAUCACACCUUCAAAAUCGAGGAGAGCACCUGCUUAAAGCUCCACUAUCGCAUGAGGUUCUACUUCACCAACUGGCAUGGUGCGAAUGACAAUGUGCCACGUGUUUGCAGACAUGCCCUCAAGAGAAAGAACGGCAAUGGGCCGAAGACCGAAUCAGGGGGUACGGCACUCCUUGAGGCUGCCUCACUGAAGUAUCUGUUCGCCCAGGGUCAGCAUGACUUCCUGAAGGGGUGGGCCGCAGUGCGUAACCCUCAGAAUGAAGAGGAGGCUCACUGUAUUGAGAAUGAAUGCCUGGGGGUGGCAGUGUUGUCUAUCACACACAAUGCCUUGGAGAAGAACAUCGUCAACCCAUAUUUAGCAGGACAGAUCAGCUAUAAGAAAUACAUCCCAGAGAGCAUGAACCAAAUCAUCAAGCAGCGGAACUUCCUGACACGACUCCGCAUCUCCCGGGUGUUUCAGCACUUCCUUAACGAGUUCAACAAUAAGACAGUGAAGAGCAACAAAGUCAACAUCCAUGACAUCAAGAUCAAAUACUUGGCUACGCUGGAGACUUUGACCUGUGGGUUCGGCUGUGAGAUGUACAAGCCUGAAGUGCUACGUGUUACUGACAGCGAAGGGGAGAUCGAAGGAACACCCACUUCCUGUAACCAGGGUCAGCCCACCCAGUACCAAGUCCUUGUGUCUGGAAAUACAGGGAUCAAGUGGCGGAGGAAGCAACAGAAUAAUGCAUGGACUGCCAAAGAGAGGAAAAAAUCAAAAAAGUACAAAACCGACAUCAACUGGAAGAACAAACCAGCUCAAGACUUUUCGAAUGACUGGAAAACCUUCUCUGAUUUCUAUGAGAUUACACACAUCAACAUCAAGGGCUCCACAGUCACUGUCCACAAGCAGGACAACAAAAAGAUGGAACUGAGCCUGGGUUUCCAUGCAGAGGCAUUGUCUUUUGCCACCCUCGUUGAUGGAUACUUCCGUCUGACAGUGGAUGCACAUCACUUCCUGUGUACAGAUGUGGCCCCUCCCUCUGUGGUACAGAACCUGCAGGAAGGCUGUCAUGGUCCAAUCAGCAUGGACUACACCUCCCACAAGCUGCGUCAGGAGGGCAGGGAGGAGGGCAUGUAUGUGCUGCGCUGGAGCUGCAUCGACUAUGACCACAUCAUCCUGACUGUCAAAUGCAAUGAAGUGGACCAGACCGAUAGCCAUCCGUACCGUAGCUUUAAGAUCGAGGUGGGGCCGGAAGGCUACGGCCUGAGUGGUACAGCCCUGAGGCAGCCCUCUCUCAGGGAGCUGAUGGAACAGCUGAUUGGCCAGAGACUUAGCACAGACGGAGUCUUCUUCCAGCUCCGCAAGGCCUGCCCUCCGCAGCCCAGAGAAAUGUCUAACCUGCUACUCGUGACAAAGAGAGAUGCAGAGCCGAUGUACCCCGUACAGCGUCAUGUCAUCUUCCACAAGAUCCUCAACGAGGAUAUAGUGCAGGAGGAGCACUUGGGCUGUGGCACCAGAACUAACAUCUAUGCUGGCAAAUUUAAGAUAAAGAGUGAGGAAGAGAAGGAUGUGUGGGGUUCCCAAACCUACCACGAGGUGAAAGUGGUCCUGAAAGUGCUAGGGUCCCAACACAAAGACAUCUCUAUGACUUUCUUUGAAACGGUCAGUAUGAUGCGUCAGGUGUCCCAUCAACACAUCACUCUGCUGCACGGUGUCUGUGUUCGCAACCAUGACAAUAUCAUUGUGGAGGAGCAUGUGACGCUGGGUCCUCUGGAUGUGUUCAUGCGGGGACAUCGUCUUGAACUCAGCGCCUCCUGGAAGUACCAGGUGGCCAAACAACUGACCGGCGCCCUCAGCUACCUGGAGGAUAAGAAGCUGGUCCAUGGCUAUGUGUGUGCUAAGAACGUCCUAGUGGAGCGGGAUGGCCUAGAGGGAGAGACUGGGCCCUUCAUCAAACUGAGUAGCCCUGGGGUCUCCAUCUCCACACUCAACAUACAAGAGUGUGUGGAGAGGAUCCCAUGGAUCGCCCCAGAGUGUGUGAGGAACAGCCAGGCCCUGAGUGUUGCGGUGGAUAAGUGGGGAUUUGGCACCACACUGUGGGAGAUCUGCCAUGAGGGAGUUGCUCCUCUCAAGGACAAGAAACUCAUAGAGAAGGAGAUGUUUUACUCAGCCCAGUGUUCCCUGGUGACCCCAGACUGCCCUCAGCUGGCUGAGCUCAUCACCAAGUGCAUGAACUACGACCCCAAGAGGAGGCCCUUCUUCAGGGCCAUUGUCAGGGACCUCACCGGGGUGGCCGAGCAGAACCCAGUCCUGCCACCUGGUAGGAUGCCCAUCCAGGAAGUGGACCCCACUGUGUUUGAUACGAGGUUCCUCAGGAAAAUUGAUAACCUGGGAGAGGGUCACUUUGGUAAGGUGGAGCUGUGUCAGUAUGACCCCCAUGGGGACGGCCGAGGGGAGCUGGUGGCGGUCAAGUCUCUGAAGCCAAACAGCAAAGGCCAGCUGCCCUGCCACCUGAGAAGAGAGAUAGAUACCAUGAGAGAACUGUACCACCACAACAUUGUCAAAUACAAAGGAGUGUGUAGCGAGGAGGGUGGGAGGACCACUAAGCUGAUUAUGGAGUACCUGCCAGCGGGGAGCCUGAAGGACUACCUUCCCAAAAGAAAACACCAGACUGACCUCAAGAGACUUCUCAACUACGCCCUCCAGAUCUGCCAGGGAAUGGAUUACUUGGGAUCCCAGCGGUUCAUCCACCGGGAUUUGGCGGCCAGGAACGUUCUGGUGGAGAACGAGAGCACAGUGAAGAUCGCAGACUUUGGCCUGACCAAGAGCAUGAAGGAGGACAAGAGUUACUACACUGUCAAAGAGGACACCGAAAGCCCUGUGUUCUGGUAUGCUCCUGAGUGCCUGGUGGGCUCUAAGUUCUACCCUGCGUCUGACGUGUGGUCUUUCGGAGUGACCCUCUAUGAGCUGAUGACCUACUGCGAGUCAAGCAGCAGUCCUGAGCCGGUAUUUUCGAAGUUGCUUUGUCCAAGCGAGGGUAAGAUGACUCUCACCCGAUUGGUGGAAUUUCUGAUAGACGGCAAGAGGCUGCCAUGUCCACCUCGCUGCCCAGACACGGUGUACUCUCUGAUGAGGAGGUGUUGGGAGUUUGACCCGGCGAACAGGAUCCAGUUCAAAGGCCUGAUCACAGAGCUGGAGACGCUGCUGGACGAGAGACUCAGAGGAGAUGGACUGGCUGUCUGAACUGCUAGAGCUCACACAUAGAUGGAAAUAUACAAUAAUAUAAUAUACACUGAGUAUACCAAAACAUUAGGAACACCUUCCUACUAUUGAGUUUCUCCCCCCACCCCUUUUUGCCCUCAGAACAGCAUCAAUUCGUCGGGGCAUGGACCCUGCAAGGUGUCGAAAGUGUUCCACAGGGAUGCUGGCCUAUGUUGACUCCAAUGCUUCCCAAAGUUGUGUCAAGUUGUGUGGAUGUCCUUUGGGUGGUGGAUCAUUCUUGAUACACCCGGAAAACAGGUUCUGCUUGAAAAACCCAGCAUUGCAGUUCUUGACACAAACCGGUGGGCCUGGCACCUACUACCAUACACCGUUCAAAGGCACUUACAUUUCUUGUACAUCAUCCUCCGAAUGGCACAAAUACCCAAUCCAUGCACAAAUACCCAAUCCAUGUCUCAAGGCUUAAAAAUCAUUAUUUAACCUUUCUCCUUCCCUUCAUCUACACUGUUUGAAGGGGAUUUAACAAGUGACAACAGGAAGGGAUCAUAGCUUUCACCUGGAUUCACCUGGUCAGUCUGUCGUGGAAAGAGCAGCUGUUUUUAAUGUUUUGAACACACAGUGUGUAUGCCAUUUAACAAACGCAUCUGUCCAAAUAGACGGAUGGAUGGAUGAAAAGGCAGACAGGCUGACAGACAGUCUAAUGUCAGUUAACAGAAAAGACAGACGCGUGUUAGCACAGAUGGACUGACAGACAGACUGACAUUGACUAAUACAGACAUACAAAUAGACGUAAUCUAGCACAGAAAACCGAUCAACAUACACAUGCACAGACAGACCAACACACAGAAAGACGUUAACCAUCACUGACAGACAGAAAGACACACAGAAAGCACAGAAGGACAAAAGCUACAUUUCUUUACAAUACAGAAACAAAUUGCCCAGAUGUGGGCUUGAUUUAUAUACUUUUCCACAUACUGUACAUAUACAGUAACUCAAACGUAUUCUGACCUUCAAAUGCAUGCUGCUGUCAUUCACAAUGUUCUUUAGUACAGUAUUUGUUUCUUUCUUUUUACAAGCUAUUGAUACACAUUGUAAGUUAAAUAGGACACUUUUGGAUAACUGAGUUAGUUCAUUUUGUAAGGAUGAAAGACAUUGAGGCGGUAAUUUGCAUUAGCUGACAAACAGACAACUUUUUUUUAGCCGGUGUCAGAAGUGUAACCAAUGAUGUAUAUAAACCCUGGAUUGCUGAUGCUAUGCAUUGGCCAAUUAGAGGCUUUGAAGCCACCGGUUGGGUAUAUUGGCACUCCCCAGAAGAAGCAGUCCUCCAUAGGAAUUCUAUAGUAUUUCAAGUAAUUGCAUGUAUUUAAGUACCUUUCUUGUUGUAUCAGGGACAUCAACAUUUGUAUUUUGAGCUCAGAUAAUAUACUUAAAAAGUAUGUAUCAACUUGUCUGUAAUAGAAUAAACGUGGCAACAAAUUUAUUCUAUAGCUUCCAAGCUAUUUUUUGCAAUGGUGGGGGAGUGCCCCCUGUCAGUCUUCUAGUGUGUAUAUAUAUAUACAUUAUUGGGUGUAAAUCUUACUACAAGCUCUACACAGGCACAAGAUUCGGAGUGUUGCAAAAAAGGGGCUGCUCCUUAUAAUACGCUCCGGCAGUCAACAUGCUAUUUACUACCUGAACAUUGAGAGACACUGUAUCAUUCCUUCCGCAGCUGUGGGGGUAGUGUUUGUCGCUUGGUUCCUUGAUCUAAUCUGUAGGCUACAGAGGCUAUUCAUCAUCAAAGUAGCCCAUUUUGCAUUGAAAUAUAUUCUCAGUGACUGUUCAAACAGUAAACCACACGACAAGAAUCCACCCCAAAAGGCAUUUUAGUUUAGAAGUAGUAACUAUUGAUUCAGGCUAUUGCGAAAUGGUAGAACCUGCUGUAGUCAACUAGCUAGCCAUGUGUAUUUUUCUCUAUUACCAAAACAUGAUGUUCUAUUUUUAGCUGAUAUGGGAAUGAAUACACAAGCAGCAUAUCAAACUGGGAUAAUGUUUUAGGUUACACCGGCACGUAUAUAAAUAUUUGCCAGGGCAUAUUUUUUCAAUUAUAAAUCUGAUUAUUUCACAUGGAGAUGUGGGAAGGUAAAAAGGCAAGCUAGCUUGAAAUGUUUUAGCCAGGCUAAAGCCAGCUAGCCAUGCUGCCACCUAGCUACUACUAGCAAGGGAAGGCAAUAGUUCCUUGACUUCACAAAAUGGAAAGACUAAAAUAUUAAAACUUUGCUAUUGCCCCCUAGUCAAUGGGAGUGGAACCGGUGAGGAUAUCAUGUUAAUAAAGUUGUCCGCUACUCCAGAAAUCCCACUCCACCCACAUGUGUACACAUAGAUCAACAGAGUAAAGCUUGUAGUAACCUUUAAACUUCAAUAGCUUUCACCCCAUAAUUGAUUUAACCUUUAUUUAACUAGGCUAAUCAGUUAACUGUGUUAGAACUGUCAAAUCUGUGAGCCCAAUUGAGUAGAUUAUUUCACACAUUCCAGUGUUCAAACUGCUGCAUGGGAUUUCUACUCAUGAAAAGACUAGGUGUGUCCAAUGGCGAUAGGUAACGCAGGGGACCCUUGUGGAUUUGACACCUCUUAACGCAGUUAUACCUCCGAUAGCACCUAAACUAAAGCAAUGAAAAGCAAUGCAUUUGUUGGCUAAUGCGGGUUACCGCUGAUCUGAUUUAAGCCUGGCCUGCAUCUUUAAGGCAUGCCCUUUUAAUAUUAUUUUAUAAUACGCUAAGGGUUCUAAUCUGCGAGAAUAUCUCCUACAAUUUUGGGCCGAUUUUCUUAAUUUUAGGCUCAUCGUCCCACAUGGGAUUAUCCACUUCAUAUUCCGCUGUGUUUUGUAUACAUUUUCCUGGUUUAUGUGUUUGGAAUUACUUUUUUACUAUUGCAUCAUCCUGCCAAAACUCUGAAUCGAUAAUCACGUCAUAAGGAAUUCCCCUCGACCACGGCCAACAAAUUGAGGGAAACAAACAUUCUUUCCCAUUGACCCCCAUUGUAAAAGAGCCAACUUGGUUGUUUAUUUCUAAUCCCUUAAUAUUAUUGUCUGACCUCAUUUUAAUAGCUAACAUUUCGAUGGCAAUAAUACAUCGAUAUGCCGAUAGUGGACAACCUUGUUUUACUUCUCCAGAUAUAGUUUACAACUUUCUGAGAUGUAGCCAUUAUUUACUAUUUUACACCUAGGGUUGCUGUACAUAACUUUAACCCAUUUUAUAAGAGAUUCCCCAAAAUUGAAAUAUUCUAGGCAUUUAUAUAUAAACUCCAGUCAUACUUUAUCAAAAGCCUUUUCAAAUUCAGCUAUGAAAACCAGGCCUGGUGUCCCCGAUAUUUCAUAGUGUUCUAUUGUUUCCAGUACUUGUCUUAUAUUAUCUCCAAUGUAUUGUCCAUGUAAAAAACCUGUCUGAUUAGGAUGAAUAAUAUCUGACAAUACUUUUUUAAUUCUAUGCGCUAUGAUUUUUGCAUCACAUCACUGAAGUGUAAGAGGUCUCCAAUUUUUUUAAUGAACUGGAUCUUUAUAUAUACACCACUUGGGUCCUGUUUCACGAGAUCAAUGAGAUCAGACCUGAUAAUCUACCAUUUAUAUAGGAGUGGUUAAAACAUGCUAAUAAUGGUCCUCUGAGUAUAUCAAAAAAAGGUUUUGUAUACUUUCACAACUUCCAUUGAUAGGGCAGAGACAUGAGCAUCUCGUCAUUAUAUACAGAGCUCUGGUUUCAGCCUGUUGAGAAUUGGAAAUGAAAGUUGGCAUGUGGACAGUGCUCUGUUAGGAUGCUGGCUUCCCCUAAAGUAAAUUGGUGUUUUGCCCAAAUUAUAUAAUUCCUCCUGUCUAAAUAAAAACAUUCAAAAUACUUCACCAGAGAGCAUAACGUAACCACAGAGGAUCAUUAGCUUCUUUUAAAAAAUGGCUGUGGAUUGUUUCAAAUCACAAGCAUGGUAGGCCUAUUUGGCAAGCCCACAAUUUGGGCAGCACAUGUUGCAAUAUGUCCAGUUGAUUGAGUUGCGGCUGUCAGUGAAAAGCAUCUAAAAUAUGUGUGAAGAUAAUGUUUCUUGAGUGUAAUUUAAAAUGUUGCAACAAGAAGGGGAGGGGUGUGUGGCAUUUAUCUCUCCAGAAUGCAUGCACUCAGCUCUCCAAAAUGUACUCAACUCUCUACCGGCAAUUCAUGCACAUUCAUUGUUUAAUCUUAAUUCAUCCGUAAUUUGGUUACUUGAAUUUCUGUCAAUGCAAGUUUUAAUUUCAGUCAUUUACCUGGUCUCCUGUGUACAAAUGUAGGAAAGUGCUCAUUUGGCAAUGUCUGAUUUCUGAUUGUCUUAACUCUCCACGUCCACCACUAAUAAACCGAGCUUCUCAGUAAUUUUCUCUUCACUUCA